UGCCCCGCUCUACCCCUGCGCGGCCCCUCCUCUCCAUCCAGGGGCCGUACUCUAUGGUGAUUUUACGGACUCGGAGGUACGGGUUUUGCGCCAAACUGGUGCAGGCGAGAGCUGCGGCCGGAGCGCGCUCAUCCCCAAGGACGGCGGACAGCAGAAGGUCCAACAUGAACCCCCGGCCGACCCAGCUGCCUCGAGCGACUCCCUGGCGCUCCCUGCCUUGCCCGCGCACCGAACUCCGCCUCGACCUGGUACUCUGUGGCGGGCAGACCUUCCGGUGGUCUGAAACCAGCCCUGGCUACUGGACUGGCGUGCUGGCCGGACGAGUCUGGACUCUCACUCAGUCUGAGGAACAUCUGUGGUACACUUUGCAUGAAGAGGAAAAGGAAGACGGUGGCAGAGAGGAAGAAGGCCUGUCCGAACCUCCCCUGAAGAAGAGCAGGAAGCAAACACAGCCGGAACCGAAUCGUCCUGGGACAAGCGAGCGUUCAGGCAGCCAUUUGCCUGGAGAGCUGGCCCGGGGAACCGAUGGGUUGACUCCUUCUCAGAUCCUCCAGGACUAUUUCCAGCUACAUGUAAAUGUAUCUGCGUUAUACCAGGGUUGGUCUUACGUUGACUCGCAUUUCCGGGAAGUAGGUGUUAAAUUCCCAGGUGUCCGGGUGCUGCGGCAGGACCCAGUGGAGUGCCUCUUCUCCUUUAUCUGCACCUCCAACAACCACUUGUCCCGCAUCACCAACAUGAUUCAACACCUGUGCCAGGCCUUUGGGCGCCGCCUCUGCCAGCUGGAUACCAAGACCUACCAUGCCUUCCCCACACUGCAAGCAAUGGCAGGAGCAGAUACAGAGGCUCGGCUGAGGGACCUGGGAUUCGGUUAUCGGGCACGGUUUAUUAGCGAGAGCGCCCGGGCUGUCCUCAAGACUCUUGGUGGGGCCGCUGGCCUUCAGCAAUUGCGCACUGUCCCUUAUGAGCAGGCUCGGCAUGCCUUGUGCACCCUUCCAGGAGUGGGAGUGAAGGUGGCUGACUGUGUGUGCCUAAUGGCACUGGACAAGACUGAGGCUGUACCAGUGGACACCCACAUAUGGCAGGUUGCCAAACGUUACUAUGGCCAAGAGUUGGGGAUGGGGGCCCGCAGUGUGACGGAGCGUGUCCAUCGAGAGAUUGGAAAUUUCUUCCGCAGCCUUUGGGGACCAUAUUCUGGAUGGGCGCAAGCGGUCCUGUUUUGUGCCGACCUAAGGAAGAACCAAGAGUCUGCAGAUCCGAAUGCCAAACACCGUUGCAUCAAAGUGGCUCAGAGCAGCCACUCCACCUUGACAUAGUAACUUCUCUUGCAGCUCCACCUUAUUUAUGGGACUGAUACAGGCAAGGAAGAAGACCUUUCCUGUUAGUGACUGGAGCCAGAGAGAAAUCACCCAUGCUAAGAAUAAGGGUUCUGUGAGCCGCUGAGGAAGACCGAAGCUGCUGUAUGUUGCGGGGAUCCUCAGUCAGUUGCUCCUACUUUUGUUUUUUAAAUUUUAUUGUCUUUUUCCCACCAGAGGUUGCUUGUAGCCUAAGCAUCUCAUGGAGCUGCCAUGUAUUUUAAACAGUAGAACGUUUCCCGCUUUUUCCUUGUGACUUUUGUAAUCGCAAUAGGCUUGCUGGGCAUUGGUACUGGGCAUCAGGCAGUUUUUUCAAGCAGACCAUGGGAAAGUCAUUUUCUCUAACUUGGGGUCAUCUGUUUAGAAUGUCAAAAGCAUCAUUGUUUGGAAAGAGGUGACAAACAUCAGCAAUCUGGACUCCCAUUAAAUAGUGAGGUUGAUAAGAGUUGCCUGAGGGUAGGCAGAAAUUGAAUGGGCUUUCCCCAAAGGAAGUUGAGCUAUGGAGUCUGUUAAAUAUCACCAGUAACUUAACGGUGCCACAUAAAAUUAAGGUAAAGGUUUUCCCUGUCUAGUCGUAGGGGAGCAGUUUUCAUCUCAGUUUCUUAGCUGAGGGAACCAGCGUGAUCUGAACUCGCUUCCACGGUCAGCACAAUUGAUACAACAAGGCGCACAGAAUGCGGUUACCUUGUGGUAGCUAUUUAUCUAUUUGCUUUCGAACUGCUAGGUUGGCAGGAGCUGGGGCAAGUAACAGGAACUCACCCCCGUCUCGCACGGCACUCGGGUCUCGAACCCAGGCUGACAGUUUUCCAACUGACAAGCUCGGCGUCUUUAACUUGCUGAGCCAUCCCGCCUCUCAUAAAAAUAAGACUAGUCCUUUUUUUUUUUAAAGAAGGGAGCAAAUUUUAUGGCCAAGUCUGCAUGCUCUCUCAUUCAUAAAACAGUGUAUGUGCUGGGGUACAUGCAUUCUGUAAUGCUGAAUCAUUUCAGAGGCUGCUUGUGAUAGGCUGACUUUUGGUGAUGGAUGACACCUCCACCUAGGAGAGAAUAGGGGGGACAUGAUAGCAGUAUUCCAGUAUUUGAGAGGCUGCCCCAAAGAGGAGGGGGGUCAAAUUAUUUUCCAAAGCACCAGAGGGCAGGAUAAGAAACAGUGGAUGGAAACUAAUCAAAGAGAGAAGCAACCUGGAACUUCCUAACGGUGAGAACAAUUAACCAGUGGCGCAGCUUUGCCUUCUGUAGCUGUGGGUGUUUCCUCGCUGGAGGUUUUUAAGAAGAGGCGAGACAGUCAUUUCUCUAAAAUGGUAUAGGGGUCUCCUGCUUAAGCAAAGGGCUAGACUAGAAGGCUUCCAAAAUCUCUUCCAGCUCUAUUCUGAUUGAUUGACCAUUGGACUAUUAGCUAAGAGAAGAGGGAAGGAUCCCUACCAUUCAACGUUGGCUGAGGGUGCUAGUGUUUUGGGUUUUUUUACAACAUUGUCAAGUCUUUGGCAUCAGUUGCCACACAGUUGGGUCCCAUGCAGUACCUUAAUUCUACCUAACUCUAACUCAGUUCCUUCACUCUUUUGCCCACUUACCUGGGGAAGAGCCCCCUUGAAUUCAGAACGGGUUACACCUGAGUAAAUGAAGGGAGUUGCACUAUAAGUGAAGACCAUCUCCAGCUGAUUUGUGUUUUGCUGAUGAUGAUAUUCUAAAGCAGGGAUCUUCAACCUUGGCAACUUUAAGCCUGGGGGACUUCAACUCCCAGAAUUCCCCAGCCAGCUUUGCUGGCUGGGGAAUUCUGGGAGUUGAAGUCCCCCAGGCUUAAAGUUGCCAAGGUUGGAGACCCCUGUUCUAAAACAUGGCUGGCUGAGGAAUUCUGGGAGUUGAAGUCCACAACUCUUGAACUCGCCAAGUUUGGAGACCCCUGUUCAAAAAGAAGCACUGGUCAUUGGACAUAGGGCUGAUUUCCAGGUGGUUUACUGAAACGGCAACAGUAUUUGUGGUGCCAAAAUCCAGCAUUAAUAGGAACGUGUUUUAAAAGGUACUUCGUUUCAUUUCUGGCGUGACGUUUUGAUGCUCCUCCAGAUGCUGAGCCAACUCCUUUUUCUUUUUUGUGUUUGCUUAUGUAUAUGUGACACAACAGCUCCCAAUUUUCCUUUGCUGCCUCAUGUAUUUAGAACGCUACCCCUAAUAUUCAAUCCCUUGUACUAUCUCCCUGUUCUCGCUUUCCUUAAUUUUCUUUGCAUCUAUAAAGGAAGUCGUAAAUUAGAUUCCUAAACCCAAAUGAUAGGCAUGCUGCAGCCAAACCAAGCGUUUUUUCUGAUUUCAGUGAAUCUCACUAUCAGAACAGAGACUUUUAAAGAGUGCAACCUGGUCUGGCUGUGGCCUUUUUUUUUUUUUUACUGUGUACUGUUUUAGAAAACUGUUAUAUAUAUAUAUAUAUAUUCUCUCUUGCCCAAAUCCAUUUCUUCCUUUUGUCUUUGACCAUUUCUAGUGGUUUUGGGCAAAGAUCUACUUAUUUUUUAUCCUUUUAUAAAGUGCUUCUAAGUUAUUUCUAAGUGCUGUAUCAAUCCUAAUAAAACAAUCCUGGUUUGUCCCUUA